AUGUCGAUGAUAGCAAAGAAAAGGAUCAGAGUUGAGAGUGUACCGGAGGCGGAUGACAUUGUAAAUGAUGGAGAGAUACCCGAUUUUUCUAAUCAAGCAAGGCUUAGUUUGGCACUGAACCCCAACAAACGUGGCAAACAGGUUCGUGUAAGUAAAUUGAAGGACAUUGGGUCGAAUGUAAUAUCAACAAGAAAGUUGGGAAUUCAAUCUCCUUCAAUACAAAGUGGAAUUAAAAGGAAGUACCUUGAAAUAGAUGGUUCUAUGCGAGAGCUUUCUUGUAAGGAACAUGAAGCUCAAUUUUGUAAUAUUUCAAGGACAGCUAAUCGUGCUAGAAUGGGUCCAAGAAGCAGUGACGGUGGUAUGGAAAUAGCAGAGCGCAGAAAUCCUACCCAGAGAGAUAUAGAAGCAGCACUAGCUUUGAUGCAAUUAUCAAAUGAUAUUUCAGGAUUGCUCAAGACGAAGAUGCAAUCACCAUCAUCAAAGGAAGACUGCCUUAUUCAGAGAAACCAAAACAUAAGGAAAGUUGGCGGUGGUUCUGCUUGGCUGCAGUCGGAGUAUAUGAAUGAUGAUGCUGUUGAGCAGCAUAAUCUGUACAAGAGAUAUCAGAAAUUUGGGACUAAAGAAGUAAGCUUACUGAAGCGGAGAAAAGCAGCAGACAGAACACAAAUGGGUACGAAAGUUGAACAUGAUUACCAUCGCAUCAAGGCUGAAAAGGACCUGGAAGAAGGUGAACUGCCCAUUUCUUCUUUGAAGAGAAAGAAACUGCCUAAAUCUUCUUUGGAGAAAUGUGGUUUAAAGAAAGUGCAAGCUGAGCCUGGUCUGUUCGAAGGGUCAACCGCUUGUUCAUCCUUUACUGUAUCAGCGGUUGGGAAUAGUACAGUUCCAGAGCCAAAACCAUUUAAGAAGCUGCAAUUCAAUUCAAUAUGUCCUACUGCUCAUAAGGGGUUCUCAUUCUCUAUUAUUCAUUUUCUUUCUGCCAUUCGCAUAGCAAUGAUUACUCCAGUUGCAAAAGGUGAUCCUUUAGCAUUUAGCAAGUAUGCUGCUAAAAGCAAUCCUAAAAGUGUUAACAGGUCUCAUGAGAGGAAGGGAAUGAGUAAUUCACAAGGAGAGCAGAUCAAUUUACCUUGUCUCACUAUGCAUGAAAUUGUUGAGCGUGUGAGAUGGAAUCCUGGGGAUCCUUGUAUUCUUGAAGCCCAGGAGCCACUUCAGGAUUUAGUUAGAGGUGCUCUAAAAUUAUUUUCUUCAACAACAGCACCUCCCGGUGCAAAGGCCUGGAAGGCUCUCACUCUUUAUUCCAAGUCAAACAAGAGUUGGUCCUGGAUUGGUCCAGUAGCUAUUAAGCCACACAACAAUAUGAAGGAAACUGUAUCUUCGGAAGCUUGGGGUCUUCCACGCAGUACCCUUCUGAAAUUGACCAAUUCCUUUGCAGAUUGGUUGAAAAUUGCUCAAGAGAGUCUUCAGAAGAUUAGAAACCUUCCUGAACCACCCUUGACUUUGAUGCAUCAGACUGUCAACAUGAAGGAAAGAUUAAGAGAGGUUAGACCUAGAAAAAUCGUGGCUACUAUCAGUCGAUGCCCUGAGGAAAUAAGGGACUAUUUUCGCAAGGAAGAAGCUGUUAGGUAUUCUGUUCCAGAGAGGGCCUUUUCUUAUACUGCAUUAGAUGGUAGAAAAUCCGCUGUUGCUCCAGUGAGAAGGUGCAGUGGCAAGCCAUCAUUAAAAUGCAGAGAACAUUUUAUGCUUAAAGCAGAUAGGCCACCUAAUAUCACGGUUCUCACUCUUGUGAGGGACGCGGCAGCCAGAUUGCCAGCUGGUAUGGGUACUAGAGCUGAUGUUUGUGUUCUCAUAAGAGACUCACAGUACAUUGUGGAAGACAUCUCUGAAGAACAACUUAGCCAGGUUGUUAGUGGUGCCUUGGAUCGAUUGCACUGCGAACAUGACCCAUGUGUGCAAUUCAAUCGAGAGAGGAGGUUAUGGUUCUAUUUGCAUGGAGACAGAGAAGAGGACGACUUUGAGCAUGAUGCUACUUCAUCUAUAAAGAAGCGGAGACGGCAACGAGAAAUCCCAUGAAGCUCCAAUGAAACUUCUACUAUCUCUUUGUAGUCAUGUUAAUUUCUCAUUCUUCGGUGCGGAGUACUGACAGUGAGAUGGUUUUUAGUGUGAAUUAUUAUGAUUUUUGUAUGAACCUUUCACAAAGAAAGCGUUCUGGAUGAAAGGGUUAAUGGAUUAUGAGUCCAAUUGUGUCAAUCAAGCAAUGAUUUUGGUUUUAGUUGGAUGAUGACUUUGUACUGGUAUCGUCCCAAACGAAGAUUAUGGUAUGCCAUAAUGAAAUGCUUCAAUGGGAAGAUUGUCAACUUUGUUUAUUUGGUAAAGUUUUUGGCUGAUUCUACUCAACAUUUCGGAC